AUGCGGUGUAAUAGAUCAAGGCUCGCCGUGGCCUUGUCACUCCUUUUGACUGCUCAGUCCGCGCAGGCUGGCCCUAUGUGGACGGGUAGAAUAGAAAAAAGAAACCCUGGCGCUUUUCUUGACGUCAGGAUGGAAAAUUCACAAGCUCCCACUGCAGCUCACGACGGAUACGGUAGUGGCAGUGGAGAUCAAACUACGCCUCGUCCUGUCUUUGAGACGCUGAACUCAACACCCGAACCAAAUCCUUUGCUCUCGGAAAACCAAGGUGACGACAAGAAGAAGAGCCCUUACUCUGAUCUCCCCGAGCCCAUCGAGGUUAUCCCUGUCCAGCCAACCAGUGAUGCCCCUGAGCCGACUAGUGAGGCUCAAGAAUCGACCCAAGAGCCUGGAACUAAGCCAACUUUUACGCAGAACCCUUCUGCACCGGUUCUCACAACCUCAAUCGUGCCUAAGGACCCUACCACUGUGGUUGAGAAGCCAACCUCGGCUGGACAAUCAGACUAUGAACCUCCCAAAGAUACUUCAGUUGUCUCCGAGACUCACCCAGUUACCAAAGAGGCCCCCACCUCUGGAAACGAGGCACCGACAUCCCAACCAGUCAACGAUGCUACGACUGUAGUGCCCGAGGUUCCUACGACCGAAGCAGCUCAGAAGCCAGAGAAUACAGAGACUCAGAGUCUGUCCUCUACCCUCGAUCUUGGUACACUUCGACCUUCAGAUGGGGGGAAGACUCAGCCAAGCGCCGUUGAAGAGACCACGGCCCCUGAAGCGCCCUCUGCUCCCGCCACAACAGCCCCAGGAAACGAGCAACCCACCUCUGCUGUUGAAGAAGAAACAACUACCUUUGCGUAUCAGCCGACCCCUACUGGUUAUCUUACAACCAAGGCACCUUCGGAUACAGCUUUCCCGGUCAACCCUAAACACCCUACUCAAGUGUAUCCCAAGUCUCCCACGACAUCUGAAGGCCCCCUGAAGGAGACUUCAGCCCCUGAGGCGGAGUCUUCUGCGGGUACAACUCAGAUUGUGUCUGUAGUUCAACCUGGAGAACCCCAGUCCCAGACGACAUCUGAUGCACAAAGUCAGCCUGCCCCAACCUCAGAUGCUGCUCAACCUGAGACCCAGACCCCAGUCUCCGAACCUGCUCAGCCCAGCAAUCCUGCUCCGACCUCUGAAGUUCAACAGUCUUAUGUUCCUGUGGAAACCCCUGGUAGUCAGCAGCCUGAUACUCCAGCUGCUACUACUGCACCAGCUCAGCCUCAAAACCCGGUUCCUACUUCACAGCCUGCUCAGUCUCAGCCUGGCAAUCCAGUUUCAACUGCUCCCUCCCAGCCCCAGAACCCAGCUCCUACUUCGGAACCAGCUCAAGCUCAGCCAGAGACCCCAGUUACAUCCCAGGUCCAACAGCCUGAGGCGCCUGCAGUCACUUCAGCAGUUCAGCAGCCAGCUCCAGUCCCUUCCAAUGGUCAGCCCCAAUAUCCUGCACCUGACUCCAAUACUCAGCCUGCAGUUCCCGCUGCACCGCCUACCAGCACCGCCCCUGUCUCUGACCCCUCAUCCCCUGAGACGACUUCGGCACCCAAGGUAGUCCCCCCUGGAACAUCGGCCAACGGCGUUCCAACCAUCAACCCUGGUGUUCCCACAGGAACCAGUACCAUACCUGCUUCUGCGUAUGCCAGCAACGUCGUCGAUGCUCGCACAUAUAACGAGGAAUUUGCCAAACUCACACCCGAGUCUUCGUGUAUGAAGGGCCAGGCUGCUUGCAUUAACGGACAAACCGGUGUAUGUGAUGACACUGGCAAAUUCCAGCUCACACCUUGUAAUACCAAAGGCGAGAAGUGCUUCGCUCUUCCUCUGUACAACUUUGAGGGUGGAAUCAAGAUUGUCUGCGAAGAUCCUGCGACUGCUGCUAAAAUUCUUGGGGGAACUCCAAGCAGUGGUGAGGACAACAGUGUUCCCGGAAACGGGAAUGGAGGCAAGGAGCAGCCUGCAACUACAUCAGCCGCCGAGAAGCCCGCGGUUCCCGUGGUUACUGUUACGACCAUAGUUACUGUCGAUGACGGCGCAACCCCCGAACCGACUGGAGAACCUGCUAAAGACCAACCUUCUCAGCCUGCUCAACAGCCAUCGCAGCCACAGCCUGUGCCCGAACAGCCUACCAAACCCGCCCCUGAACAGACAAGCCAGUCAGCUCCUGAGGAGCCUUCUCAAUCUCAACCUUUUCCAGAGAAGUCCACUCAGCCUGCCCCUGAGCAACCUAGUCAACCGGCUCAGACGCAGCCAGCCGAGGCACAGCCAUCCCAACCAUCAGAGGAGAAACCCAGUCAGACAAACCCAGCGGGGCCUUCCAACCCUCAACCAACAAAGGCCUAUGAAGAUCUACCUCCCACUUCUGCCCCAGUUGCUGAACAAAGUACCACGUCUGUCCCUCUCCCCGGUGGCACAACCUUGACCAAGUCCAUCAAGAAGCCUGAUGAAGCCAAGCCCACCGGCUCACCAGACGAUGAUGAUAAAAAAGGAAAGGACGGCAACGACAAUGGUAAAGAUGGCCAUGAUGGUGAUGAUGAUAAUGAUGACAAGCCCACAUCGGUUGUUCUUAUUCCCAUUCCCGACAAGCCUACGGAUGCCCCGUCUCCUGCUGCGACAGAGGCUAAAGUCGACAAUCAAGGCAGCGAAGAUGACAAGAAGCCCGCUGCUGGAACACGCACUGGCGACGAUGCUCACGCUACAACCAUUGUCGUCGAUGGCACUCCGACUGUAUCGGUCUACUUCACAGUGACAGUCACAGAAAAGGACCAGGCUACCGUCACCGUCACCGAAAAGGAGAAGGAGACUGUGACGCUGGUGAUUAGCGCAUAG